ACAGCGUGCGUGCGUGCGUGCGUGCGUGCGUACCUAGAGGGCUAGAUAGAUAGAAGCAUGGUGGCACGAUGGACCAUCCUAGACUUGAUGCUGCUGCAUGGACGGAUGCCCUGGAUCCAGAUUGAACUUUAGGAGACUCGAGCACCCGCCACCCCCAAAUCACAUCGCCCAGUCUUGAGAAGGGGUGGCCAUCGCCAUCGCCGCGGAAAGCAGCCACGUGGUGCGAGGUUGUGGCCAGAUCAUCCCACGUACGGUGGGUGGUACGUCCACCGCUCGAGUCCGCCUGCCAUGAGAUCCGUUCUGAGAGAUGGCGCGGGUUGAAUCUGCGGCCGACUCGCCCGGGCCCUUUUCGCCGGGUUUGAACGGCCAGCUGACCGACGAAGAGUUGGACUUGCCCGAGGUGGAGCCGAGCAGCUCGGAAGACGGCGAGGAUGACCUGGCCGAGGACUUGUGCUUGUCGGCCAUGCGGCUGCACGGGCGGCCUAAAUCGGCUAGUGCCAUCGCGCACCCGGCCGUGUCGCUGUCCACGCACCCGCUCAUGGAGUUGGUCAACGCCACGCCGCCCUUUCGCCGUCAGCGCACCUCGUCCACUUCGGCCUCCAUCAGCACGGAGCGCGAGCCCAUUAUCCGGACCCAAAAGCGCACCAUCUACACGCAAGGCCGGCCGCCUUGGUAUAACGCCUACGGCCAGAUGAAAGAGCCUUUUGUGAUUGGCAUUUGCGGCGGGAGCGCCAGCGGCAAGACCACCGUGGCCCAGAAGAUCAUUGAACAGCUCAACAUCCAGUGGGUGACGCUCUUGUCCAUGGACUCGUUCUACGAUGUCCUCAGUCCGGAACAGCACGCCAUGGCCGCCGACAACGAGUACAACUUCGAUCACCCGGAUGCGUUCGACUUUGAUCUGUUGUGCCAGACGCUCCAGCGGCUGAAAGAGGGCAAGAAGGUGGACGUGCCCAUCUAUAACUUUGUCACCCACCGACGGGAGACCAAGACCGUGUCCAUGUACGGGGCCAACGUCCUGAUCUUUGAAGGCAUUCUGGCCUUUCACGACAAGCAUGUGCUCGACCUGUUGGACAUGAAAGUCUUCGUGGACACGGACUCGGACAUUCGGCUCAGUCGUCGCCUCAACCGCGACAUCAGUCAGCGGGGGCGCGACAUCAAGAGCGUGCUCAAACAGUACGAGCUGCACGUGAAACCCGCCUUCGAUUACUACAUUGCGCCCUCCAUGCAGCAUGCCGAUAUCAUCGUGCCCCGCGGCGGCGAGAACGAGGUGGCCAUCAAUCUCAUAGUGCACCACGUCCAAAAUCAGUUGGAAAACCGGGGCUUUCGUCUCCGGGAGAAGCUGGCCACGCACAUGGCCGAUCAGCCCCUGCCCGACUCGCUUCAAGUGUUGCCGUCCACCCCGCAGAUUCGCGGCUUGCACACCUUCGUUCGCAAUCGGGACACACCCCGGGACGAGUUCAUUUUCUACUCCAAGCGCCUGAUCCGACUCGUGAUAGAGUACGCCCUCUCCCUCCUCCCCUACGAGACCGUGGUGGUGACCACGCCCCAGAACGAGACCUACGAAGGCAAGCGAUCCAGUGCCAAAAAGAUCUGCGGCGUGUCCAUUCUCCGGGCGGGUGAAACCAUGGAGGACGGGCUGACGGAGGUGUGCCAGGAUAUUCCUUUGGGCAAGAUCCUGAUCCAGACCAGCCGUGAGACGGGAGAACCCGAGCUAUACUACUUGCGGCUGCCCAAGCACAUCAAGAAGCAUAGAGUGAUUCUCAUGGACGCGACCGUAGCCACGGGUGCGGCCGCCAUGAUGGCCAUCCGCGUCCUCUUGGACCACGACGUACCCGAGGAGAACAUUUAUUUGGUGUCUUUGCUCAUGGCCGUGUCCGGGGUGCACACGAUUGCUUAUGCCUUCCCCCGCGUGAACAUUGUGACAACCGCCGUGGAUCCCAAAAUCAAUGAGAAGUUCCACGUCCUCCCGGGGAUUGGCAACUUUGGCGAUCGUUAUUUCGGCACAGAGCCCAUGUAAAUCUCGUGAUUAAGCCAUACAUUUAUUAGGGGUCACUCGCCCGGAUGGGCCGCCGACAUUCGAUCCAACUUCCAUGAAUUGAGAACGCCGUCUGGCGGAACGAGAGUCGCCCCAUUGCCAAACCACCACGUUGAUGUAUUACGCCGCCCCGAAGGUCGCCAAUGGUUCCCUCUCUAUAUCUGAAAGAACAUGAGACGAUGAAGUGUUCAGUCGUUAUAUGUUAAGCAAGAGUGUGUUGUUCUUUUUUCACGUACUAAUGGAAUCUCGAAAAAUAUUAAAAAAAAAAGAAAAAAAACUUAAAAUGUG